AUGGAAUUGGUCUUUCCCAAAAUUUCUGGUCCACCUGGGCAGUACUUUACUGGGAAGAAGAAAUAUUUGCGCCUUGAGCUGCAGAUUUGGGCCGAAAUCCAUCUUUACGGCACACUCGGAUUCAGUAUUAAUUACCCAUCUCGGUUGUAUGUGCACUAUGCGAGUGUAAGAGAAGAAGAGUCGUCGAGACGAGCUGUCAGGCUGUACAACGGGGAUACCGGCAAGGCGGUUAGAUUGAAAAACGCCUGUUCCCUUCGGGGGCUAUAUUACAUUUUCGGCCUCGCCUCGGCUUCAUCCUCGUCCCCGGGGGGACUAGAGCCCCGGAAAGAUGGGUCAAGAGGCCAACACACUAAUCCCAUUGCCGACUGACACACUCGAACUGGGAAUACUCGUAAUGAAUGGGGUUAUCCCAUUCUCCAAGUAGGCGUGUGCACCACAAUCUUGCCUCCGUCAAGACCCUUUGCUCGCCCCAACUCAGGUUGCAAAGGCUAUACAAAGUUAGGCUGUGGUCAGGCUUCUUCUCUACGGCUGGUGUUGUCAACGUGUCUUAAGCAAAUCAUUUUCCGAAAAGCACAUAUCGAGUCGUCUGUCGGAGACAUUGAGGAAGCUAAACAAAAAAUUCUAUCACUGGAGGCGGGAGCAGCUGCCUCCGAGACUGACAGAGAGAGACGCCCAGAAAGCAAGCUAGAAAAAGUAGUGUUCUUUCAGACUAAUGAGCAUAGGAGCAGUCAUUUUAGCGAAGCGGGGCACCGAAGGGCAGACAGCGAAGUCUGUACGGAUUCGGGCGGACAGGACGUCAAUGGGGCAGGUAGCAAGCCGACUCUAAUCCCUCCCUUUUGGUGGACGGACGGCCAGUCGGCCGUCUGGAAACACAGUUGA